UCAUGUGCACAAAUAGAAUACUUUCGUUUUCUGUUUAUUCUCAGUCACUUGACGAGACCUGAAGAUCUGAAAAUCAGCCAACAUUUUGACAUUGUGUACGAGGGCAAGAUGACAGAUGAAUGCAUCACAAUAGAGUCAGACCUCAGUGAGUUAGAUGAGGACAUGGAAGACCUGGCAGCACCUGAGUUUACGUGUCACUGUUGCUAUGAUGUCCUCGUAGAUCCUACCACACUUAGCUGUGGCCAUAGUUUCUGCCGUCAUUGUCUGGCAGAAUGGUUACAUUCCUCUCAGCGGAACGAGUGUCCAGAAUGCAGAGAGAGAUGGCAGGGUUUUCCCAGAAUCAACAUCCUCCUUCGGGAUGCAGUGGAGAAGACGUUUCCGGCUAAGAUAAGCAGACGGAGGAGGGCUCUCCAGAGUGACAAGCGUUUCCAUUAUUUUAUCCAGAUAUUCCAACAGUAUGGACAAGUACUGAAACAACAAAUCCCUGUAUCUGAAGGCCUACAGGAAGCUAUACAAACCAGCUUUUGUUCUGGAGUCAUUAUGGCAUUGAUCUUCAUGGGGGUUGUAUUGUUGCGAUAUCACUGGAUGAGUGCUGAUUCCGACAUCUUGGUCCAAAAGCCAAUCAACAGGUGGAAACCCCAUGAUGUCAUUCUGUGGGUGGAGCAUCUGGGUCCCUGGACCAAUCAGUACAGAGAAAUGUUCCAGAGAGCACAAAUUAAUGGCAGUUUGUUAGCUCAUCUCAGAGACGAAGACCUGUCCGCUGCUCCAUUCAAUGUUAAUAAUCCAUCACACAGACAGGUCAUACUGGAGGAAAUCCAGAAAAUCAAAGAGCUCAAAGUCAAACAACCACAAAACCUCUGGGAGUACAAGGCUGCAAAUUUAGGAAAAUCACUGUUUCUCCAGUUUGGUCUGAGAGAAUUUCCACGUCUCACUUUUCUCUACUUGUACCUGUUUGAUUAUGAAGAAACCUUUUUACCCUUCAUACACACUUGCUGUCCUGCACGUAUAACUAAAGCAAUGGAGGACAUCCCACCUGACAACAUGCUGGAGCCAAGCCAACAUCAGUGGGUGAACUUUCGCUUGAAGGUUUGUCUGAUGCCCUAUCUGCUACUGAUCGACUUUGCUUGGCAAUGGCUGAGCGUUCAUUACUGGAUAUCAUGGAUUGUCAUUGGAAAUGCCAUGGUAAUGACAGUAAUGGAGUAUAUUUAUGUCUGGACACUGUGGAGAAGACGACAGAUGAGUACUCUCCCGAAGAUGAUUCUGCAGAAGACGUUCAAUAUGUUCUUCGUUGUGCUGCUGUGGCCUCUGAUGCCUCAGUUCUUUUGUGACUUUGAAUUCUACUGUGGACUCUUUUUCAGCUCAUUCAUUUAUAUCGGUGUUCGGAAAUCUUUUUUUAACCUUGCACAGCAAUAAAGACCAAACAUUUUAGGAUUUUUUUUUUUUAAGAGUCAGCUAAUUUUACAUACUACGGUACAAUUGCUAUUUCAUUACAAAAUACACUUGCUUGAAUAUAAUAAGAAGGCCAUAUUUUGUGUCAGUCACCUAAUAACCAUCACUUCAACCAGCGAGCGUGCAGGGUUGCAUAUUAUUACUUAACCAACUAUAAUAACUUCACUAUUAAGCUUCACAACAACUGGGCAAGCGUUUUCGCUCUUUUUAACAUUGUUUUUAUAAUAUUUGUUUCUAUAUUUACUUUAUUUAAUUCAUCUAUAGCAUCUCAUCCCUUCAAAAACCUAAUCCAACCAUUAAAACCUGGAGUGAGGAAUAUACCCCCUUGUCUUCAUAAGGAAAUGUUUUAAAUAACUAAGCAUGCUGUAAUAACUGUACAUAAUGCAAUAUUUAUUAUAUUAUUAAUGUCAUAAAAUGUUUAUAAUGUAAUAAUUUUCACAAUAAGGUCUUGGCCUCAUAGUAUAAUAUUAAUUUCUACAUAAUGAGAAAUGUAUUACAUUCUAAAUGACCAAAAAUAUUUGUCAAUAUGUCAUAAUUGUAAUAGUGUGUGUUUUGUUUUGUUGUUAAACAUAAAAACAUUGGCAUUCCCUUACAGAACAUUUUAAAAAUCUAAUUCUAGUUCAAAUAGCAUGAGAUUAAGCUAUUAUUAUUAUUGACGAUUAUGUUGAU